AUGGCAUUUUUUAUUGUUUUCUUUUUAAUUUUCAGUAGGAUGUCUAUUCAGAAAAUAUCCGAGUCAAUGUAUGCAGGGAUGUGUCAAGAAAUAGGAAAACCACAACAAGUGGCCUCCCGGAGGGAUAGAAUAAAUGAGAUAGAUUGUUUGAUGAAUAAGAUAGCAAAACUGAUAAUAGGAAACCAGCUCGAAAUAAUGGUAAGUGGAAGUAAAAAGGAAGGAUUAAGAUUACGUGGAUCAGACAUUGAUAUUAUGUUUUGGCCAUCUGAUUACCGAGUGAUAUGGGACUACUCUCAAUCUCAGCUGUACUCCACACAAAGACAGACGCUGAUUUUUUGUGACAGUUCGCAAAGUCCACCUGGAUUCUACUUACUUCGGCUAUCAUCAGAAUAUGCUCAACUAUUCUUAUUGCCGGCCUGUGUACAGAUGAAUGGAGAACUUUAUAUUUCAAGUUCUAAAUACAAACAAAUUAUACAAAACAUUUUUUUUCCUGAAUCAACAUCACAUGGACCAUGUAGCAGUGGUUCUAUUGGUCAUGUAGAAUACGACCUUGCAAGAUGUUUUGUAUGUGAUUUUUGGCCUCCCUCUGCAUCUUCAUGGAUAGACAGAUGCCACUCUUGGCCACCGCCAAAUGUCGUCGAUGACAUUGUAAAAAGCGGAUGUCACUUCGUUGCAAUAGGGCACAAACUAGGAAACCAAGCAGAUAAUGUAUGGAGAGUUUCUUUUUCGCAGGCAGAACACAAACUCGUUUAUGCAAUGAAUCACACACAGUUCUUAAUUUAUGGCUUGCUUAAAUUAUUUCUUAAAGAAAUAAUCAAUGAAGGAAUACGCGACGAAGAAAAACUACUUUGUUCCUAUCACAUUAAAACAUCAGUUUUAUGGGCCAUUCAACAAAGCACGUUACGUCAGUGGUGUUCACAAAAUAUUUUAGACGGUUUCUGGAUAUGCUUCAAACUUCUUCUAAGAUGGGUAUAUGAGGGAGUCUGUCCUAAUUUCUUUAUUCCACAAAAUAACAUUUUUCUGAGCAAAUCUUUUAUUCAUGAACAGAAAAACUUAUUCAGACAACUGUAUGGAUUGUAUGAAAAGGGUAUCGCAUUGCUGCUUCACAGUCCCUCAAUUAGAAUCGCUAUGACUCAAGUCCUUUGCAAUCCCAGUAUUCAGGUGCAUGUGCGUACUGUUGUGUCUGAGGUUGAAUUUGAUGUAGAUUUUUUUCAUGAAAUAAUAGAAAGUGAUAUACUGCACCCACCAAACUUACAACACUGUAUGGUAGCCCUGCUAACUGCGGAAGAUUUGAUUCGCUCACCCCUUACUCAGUAUCAAGUUGUCACCGUUCAAAAACUUAUAACCACCAUUCUUCAGAGUACUGCUUUUAUAUUAAGCAAUAUGCACAAUUACACUGCAGGCAAUAAAACGAUGUACAUUGCAGACACAAUGUCCUGUCAUAUGGUGAAACUAUCAGCUAGGUUUGGGAACGCUUCUGGCUUGUUGUACCUUGCUAUGUAUUACUACAAGACACUCAGAUAUAAGGAAGCUUUAUCUGUUAUAGAGAUGACAAAGGUCAAGUUAGAACAACCUCAUUUGAUGUAUAGAAGACAAGUAGACAUAGAUAAGUACAUUGAGGUUGUAGGGGGGCGGUCCUUGUCAACAAAGAUGAGGCAGGCUUUAGUAUGGGAUAUCAAACUUAUUAAUAAAAUAUGUUACAUCAAAGAAUUAAUGGCAGAACAACAUUCUAGAAUACAAAAUAGUCCCCCUGUAUUGUAUGUUCCACCUUUGAUAUUGUUACACAUGUUAGAGUUUUUGUGCAAAAGAUAUGUUGAUACAAUGGAAGCACGCGAAAUUUUACACCAUCUACAACUCCUACUUCAACAUGAUCAGGGGCAAUCAGCUCAUGUUACACCAGGCGACAUCUCCUGGGAAGUUCUUGGGAUUUGUCAUCAGAUAGCGGGGAACUUUCAGGCUGCUCUGUACUCAUACCGACAAUCGCUCAGACAAGACCCAUUCAAUAAAAUACAAAUUGCUACCAUACAGAGAAUUCGAGAUUUACAUGCUACUGAAGUUUAAGUGUUUUUAAACAGUAACUGUUACUAGUGAGAGCUUUGUUUUAAAUGCCAUCAUAUGGUAGUUAAGUUUAGGGAAAUUUCUCUUGUUAUCUAACUAUAUCAUGACUGCUCGGUGGUUAAACUAUCGGACUUGUUAACUACAUAUCAUGAGUUUGAAUCCGCCUUGGCCUUUUGUCCAUAUUUAUUGAAUUAAAUUUAUAAAAUCAUAAUUUUUGAUAAAAAUAUGCUCGUCC